CCCGCAGGAGCUGGAGGCGAUGAGCAGAUACACCAGCCCGGUGAACCCGGCCGUAUUCCCGCACCUCACCGUGGUGCUGCUGGCCAUCGGCAUGUUCUUCACUGCCUGGUUCUUCGUCUACGAGGUGACAUCCACCAAGUACACGCGGGACAUCUACAAGGAGCUGCUGAUCUCGUUGGUGGCCUCGCUCUUCAUGGGCUUCGGAGUCCUGUUCCUGCUGCUCUGGGUCGGGAUCUAUGUGUGAACCCUCCGGACGUGGGAUCCUGGGAAGCUCUUUUUAUAUUUCUUUUGUAUUUCAGCAAAAAAAAAACCAAAAAACAAACCCAACAAUCCCUCCUGUACCAGGUGUGGCGUGUGACACCUGAAUAAAACUGACUCUGUGACA